GAGGAAUAAAUCCACUCUGAUUUGUGAUGCUCGGCGGUUCCGGUAGGGGGAGACAGCUGCACCAACUCUUAGCCAGACUGCGAGACAUGUGGCUGAGACUUUCUGAAAGCUACGCUUCGUUUUUUAGCCCAUAACAGUUAGCGGAUAGUGCGAUUUGUCAGCAUUUUAUAGCAGCAGUUUGGACACUAAAACCAGUUUACUAGGUGCAAACCAGCUGCAGCAGCACUUAAAGUGGUGAUCAGGACAGCCCAGGGGUGACAUGACUGGAGCUGGAAGUGGCGGCCAGGGCCCGCCUGAUGGGAUGGAUGCUGAGGAGGCGGAGAGAUGUCCUAUCUGCCUGGGCGUCCUGGCUGGAGGCGAACUCGCCAUGCCCGACAGCUGCUGCCACGUCUUCUGCCUCAGAUGUCUCCUCACAUGGGCAGAGUUGCAGAUGGCCCCCUCCUGCCCGGUGGACAGAAGACCUUUCACUAAUGUUUACAGAUGGGACGGGAAUCUCAGCCGUGUGCAGGUUCCUGUGAGGAAACGAGCGACUCAACCUGAUGCCGAGAGUUGCUGCUGUAGAACCCCCGAACAAAAAGUCUGUCUAAAAAGUAAUCCUGCAAGAAGACUGAGGCGGCAAAAGGUGGAGAGGAUGGCAGACGCAAAAACAAAAGGACUUGUGAGGAAAUGUAACGAUGACGACCCCUCCUCACUGAGUCGAAAAAAGGUGAGAGGAACGGAGUGCUGUACAUGGUCACCGUCUCCCUGUGUCUCAUUAACGACUUCGUCGACUCAGGACAUUGCAGAGCCUGUGUGGGUGGCAGAGGACAUGCAAUAUGACACCGGGUUCAAACUGUGCAAACCCCAGGCGCAAGACUGUCCGUGGCUUUCUCCCGCUGCUCCCAUCCCUGCUACCGGCACCUCAAGGCAGAAUUUCCAUCCUACUAGUUGGAACCACAGUCCAUCUCCCUUUACUUCCACGUCACUGUUUGGCUCCGGUCAUUUCGUGUUUCAGGGCGUUGUCUGCGCCAUCACGUGUCCCAAAGGUGGAGAGAAGAGAGGCGGUCGAGCUUCCACCUCCAAAGCUCCCACCAAAGAGGCCAAGUCUCUACCGUCCAGGCGAUCUGGACGCAACAGUAAAAGCCAGGAAGAGGCUCCCGCUUCCGACCCGUCGUCCCCGCCGCAAUCCAGCUCAUCGGACGGUGACUCGUCCACCGGCCGGUCCGCCAAGCCGGGCAGGGCUUCCCAGGCGCCGACCAAGAGGAAGGGCAAACAGGUAACAAACCGAAAGGCCAGCGGAAAACGGAAACCCACAACAAGGAAAAAAAAAUCCCCCCAAGUUGUAAACAGCCCGGCAGCAAGCGAGGAGGAAGAGGAAGAAGAGGAGGAAGAGGGUGAUGGAUGUGAAAACAUGGCGACGAAGGUGGAGGAAGAGGACAAAUCUGAUCAGGAUCAAGAUUUGAAACCCUUAGAGCAGCAGCCGUCUGAUGCUGAAGGGAGCCUCAAUGAAGACCAGGACGGGUUCAACUCUGCUGACGAGCGAGGAGGCGCCGAACCCUCGAGUAACAACGUGGGACAGGACAGUGACGAGACUCAGGAACAACUCGACCAACGUCAACAGAAACCAGGUAAAGGGGACAAUGACACGUCUUGUCCCUCGGACUCUGCUCCUUACAGUCCCGGCUCAUGCUCUGAGGGAGACCAGAGCAAAAGGAAGGAGGCAGACCCGGCAAGCCCCGUCUCCUCCAGAGGAAAGGACUCGGAGGACAGGGCUUCACCGUCGCCCUCAGACUCUGAGAACGCUCUGCAGGACCAUGCGGUGUCUCCACAACGUGACGAGCAGCCCGAGCAGGAUGACGACAUGGAGCUUUGUGCAGAGUCCGAAGAAGCCAAUAAUGAAACAUCUCCAAAGGAAGCGAUGGCUGAAUCGUGUGAGAAUUCCCCACAACCAGCUUCCCCAUCUGCCGGAGAGUCGGAGGACGACUUGGCUGUCCCAGACCCAAAAGCCUCCGAGGACGCUGAUGUAAAACCUGCUGGAUCAGAAGAGCCACCCAUAGUGGACAGCUCUGGGAAAGGAACAAAGGAGGACAGUCCAUCCAAGGAUGACACCAAAGUUGUCCCCAUGGACUGCAGUUCACCCACGAGCGAGCACGGCAGCAGUCCCAUUUUGGAACUCCCGAAAGAGAAUGCUGCCCCCGCCGCUGCGGAACCUCCUGCGUCUGCAGGUCAAGUCACCAAAGAUGAAAGCUACAAGGAGCAAUCGGAGAGAGAAAGGAGCCAAGAGAGGAAGAAUGGCAGGCAGCGGCGCUCUCGCUUCCACUCCCCAACCUCCAAGUGGUCACCCAAGAGGGAGUCCAAGCGAGAACCAUCCAGGCGCUCACGGUCCAGAGAACCAUCCAGGCGGUCACGCUCUCGGUCUAGAGAACCUUCCAAGCGCUCACGCUCUCGGUCCAGAGAAGCAUCCAGGCGCUCACGGUCCAGAGAACGUGACGGCAGCCCGCCCUCGAGCCGUUCGUCCCGUGCCCGCAGCCGAGAAAGAGAUAGGGAUCGGGAUGGGGAGAGAGACCAUUCUAAGAGGGAACGUAGUCGUGAGAGGAGGAGAAGGCGAUCCAAGAGUCGCUCAAAGUCCAGGUCACGGUCUAGAUCACGAUCCAGAACAAGAUCCUACAGACGAGGGCCCAGCCCCGAUCGGCCAACUUCCAGAGAGCAGUCUCCCCAGCGGAAGGAGCGACGGGGCGGCUGGCGGUCUGGGCAGGUCAGUGGGUCUGGGGGCGAGGGACAAAGGCAUCACGGAGGCGCUGGGCGCUUUGAAAAUGGUGGGCCUACAGAAAGUUCCCCUGAACGCCAAUCCUGGUCAGAAAAUCCCGACUGGGUUACCGAAAAGACUCGCGAGGUUGGCGCCGGCUCCCGCUGGGAAGACCGCAACAAUGGCGGGAACAGAGGAGAGUCACGGGGCCGUGGGGGCCGCGGAGGGUUUGAACGCGGUCGGGGCGCAGGGCGGGGCAGCGGCGGCAACCGUAGCUUUUUCAACCAGCAGGAGGAAACAGGCGAUAGCCGCUGGCAGCCCCGAAACACCUUCCCAGGUACAGGCAACGUUUCAGGGAGUGACGCCUACAGCCGCUUCAACGAGAACCGGGGCGGUGGCCGGCGGAAAGAGUCUGAUCCAGGAGACUACGACCGGUCAGGCUGGUCAUCGGCAUCCAGCUGGGCUGUCAGGAGGACACUUCCCGCGGACGUUCAGGAUUAUUACUCCAAGCGGGAGAGAGGAGGACCAGGAGGCUGGAGCCGUCAAGAGGAGGAGCAGCCUGGGGCGGUAGCAGCAGCAUCAGAUCCCCCUAAAAGCGAGCCCCCUCCCCAGGCGGUCCCAGGCAACGCGCCGGUGCCUGUGAUGAACGUGAUUCCUGCUCAGCUGAAUGUUCUUCACCAUCACUACCCCAUACAGGGCCCGCGGGGAGCCCUGCCGGUCAGCCUGCAGCCUGCAGCGCCGUAUGGCAUGCCCCCUCAGGUCCCCGUGCACCUCCACCCUGCCGUACCACUGCUUCAGGUCCCAGCUGUUGGUGCUCAGGGCCUCCCGCCCCCUCCCCCACCACCUCCACCCAUGCAUCAAGGAAGCCUGACAGCAGCAGCUCAGCCUGAUGGCUACACCACACAGAUGGCAAGUACAAUGAUGGGUUAUGGGAAACCCGGCCUUCUUCCCACCCCGAACAAAGCUGGCGUUGCCGUGGCGACCCAUGGCCAGUCUGCGCCAAGCCAAGCGCUACCAUCCUCUACAACUCAGCCCGGCCAGCAUUACAAGGCUCAAGCUGACAGCUCCAAAAAAGAAAAGAAACAACAGAUCCAAGAGAAAGCUGUAAACGAAGUGAAGAAUGCCAUCAAACCCUAUUACCAAAAGAAGGAAAUCACAAAGGACGAGUACAAGGAGAUUGUCCGCAAAGCGGUAGAAAAGGUGUGUCACAGCAAGAGUGGCGAGGUGAACUCCAGUAAGGUGGCCAACCUGGUGAAGGCCUACGUGGACAAAUACAAGCACGCCCGCAAGAAGUGAACCCCCGUCCUGCUGCUGGCGCGGCAGCGCCCUCACAGACCCAUUCAGCAGCUUAAGUGCAAUUUCCUCUGGCUGGAAUUUGGCCUCCAAACUGAAAGACAACGGAGAGCCAACUUAUUAUUAUUAUUUUUUUUUUUAUAUCUCUACCUUUUAUUGAAUGAAGAUUUUUUUCUAUAGAAUUUCAUAUUUUGUCAGAAAAAAAGAAUUGCCCAAUCAGAAAUUGUAAUGCAAGAGCCCUUUAUUUUGCAUAGAUCGUGUGACUUGGGAACUACUGUAAGGAGUGCCGGGGG